AAAGCAACAAUGAACCGCUAUUUCGUUGGCUUUGUUUCUUUUAAAAGUUAACCGUUUUUCGGUUGACAGGCUGUUUAUAUUUCAUGAUUAGUUAAAUCAAAGUUAUUUAUUAAUUUUCUUAAAACAGCCUUAAUAUUUUGAAAACCACACUUGAUCGUACUGUAUUUAUUUGUGAUCCUCUGCACUGCGGCGUGAGCUGCCAGCAGCACAAGUCGGCGUAGAAGGAAGGUCACGUUCUGAAGGGCCGUCACUAGAGCGGGUGCUGGAGAAAGGGGGACUGCGCAAAAACCACGGUCCGGGUUUGUGCCUGUCUGACGUCAUGGGGAGCCACAGACCUCUCUGACAUGAUCCAGCGACGAGCGCCGGGUGGACUCCCAUCAACAUCCACAGCGAAGACCCAGCCUGGGAGAUGCCGAGCGGGCUUUGUGUCAUGGACUCCCCGGUGAACGCGAUCGAUUGAUGGACAUCGGUUCUUGCGGCGCACCAUAAGAGCCCCCCCCCCCCUCUUUUUUAUUAUUUGACGCCUUUCUGCUUCCAAACCGGCUGCACGGUUAGAGAGAUAAGCAGGCAGAGAACGAGGACUAAUCCCCGGGACGGUCACAUUCACGGCGGGGCUUGGACCCGACAGAAAUGGACAGGGCAGCACGAACUGGAUUAAAUGAUCGGGAAUAAAGAGACGCGGCGCUCGAAGCGGCUCUGAGGUGCCCCGUCACGCCGUGCGGCGUUCAUUUGACUGGAAAUGGGAGCUUUAACGAGCAGACAGAACAUAGGCGUGGAAGAAGUGGAUAUCCCCUCCAAUUCAGUCUACCGCUACCCCCCGAAAUCCGGGAGCUACUUCGCCAAUCAUUUCAUCAUGGGUGGAGAGAAGUUUGACUCCACCCAUCCAGAGGGCUACCUGUUUGGGGAAAACACAGAUCUAAACUUCCUGGGGACCAGACCAGUAGCGUUCCCAUAUCCCGCUCCUCCACCUCAGGAACCAGUAAAAACCCUACGAAGCCUUAUAAACAUUCGGAAGGACACACUGCGGCUUGUGAGGUGCAGCGAGGACCUUAAGUUACCAGGUGACGAGGCGGCGGGAAAAAACCGGGCCUGCUACAACGUAGAGUUCACCUUUGAUGCGGACACACAGGUGGCCAUCACCAUCUAUUACCAGGCUAUAGAGGAGUUUCACAACGGAGUGCCAGUUUACCUGCCCCAGGACAGCUCUCUGCAGUCUGAGACGGUGCAUUUCAAGAGGGGGGUGUGCCAGCAGUUCUGUCUGCCCUCGCACACCGUCAACCUCAGCGAAUGGGCUGACGAGGAGCUCCUCUUUGACGUGGACAAGGAGAUCUUUCCCAUGGUUGUGCAGGCUGUGGUAGACGAAGGAGACGAGCACUUGGGCCAUUCUCACAUACUGCUGGCUACAUUUGAGAAGCACAUGGAUGGGAGCUACUGUGUGAAGCCUCUUAAGCAGAAACAAGUGGUGGAUGGAGUGAGCUACCUGCUGCAGGAAAUCUAUGGGAUAGAGAACAAAUACAACAGUCAGGAAUCAAAGGUUGCUGAUGAUGAGAUCAGUGACAACAGCGCCGAGUGCGUUGUGUGUUUGUCAGAUGUGCGAGACACACUCAUCCUGCCUUGUAGACAUCUGUGUCUCUGCAACGCUUGUGCAGAUACGCUGCGGUACCAGGCCAACUGCUGUCCCAUCUGCAGACUGCCAUUCAGAGCUCUGCUGCAGAUCCGAGCGAUGAGGAAAAAGCUCAGCCCCAUAUCCCCCACCAGCUUUAACCCCGUCAUCACCUCUCAGACCUCAGACUCCGAGGAGCACUCGGCGUCUGAGCACAUCCCUCCAGGCUACGAAGCGGUUUCUCUCCUAGAGGCUCUCAAUGGGCCCCUAAACACCUCGUCCGUGGCUCCUGCUCCUCUGCACUCCGGUCCCAGCCACGUGACCGGAGCGCUGCCUCCGUACAGCAGCGAACCACACCCGGUUCCAGCCUGCUCCACUCUCGACCACCCCAACUCCAGUCAGGGCCUCAAGCUGAAGAAGAGUGCUUCAAAGUCUAUUUCCCAGAAUUCCUCUGUGCUUCCUGAGGAGGAGGAUGAGAAAUGCUGCAGUGAAUCAGACGCCUGUCGCCAUAAAGUGGCAGCGGACCAGCAGGAGUGUGGAGUGACUCCAGACAGCGAGAACUUAACUCUCUCCUCGUCUGGAGCCAUCGACCAGUCGUCCGGCACUGGUACCCCACUCUCCUCCACAAUCACCUCGCCGGAAGAUCCAGUGAGCAGCAGCCUCGCCCAGUCAGUGAUGUCCAUGGCCUCUUCCCACUCGCAGCACUCCCACAUCAGCACUGACACCAUGUCCUCAAUGUCAGGGUCCUACCUGGCCGGGGUUGACGGCGAACCUGGAGGCGACGGAGGAAGAGACGUGGAGGGCGUGGAGAACCCGGAUGCCCACAUUGAGAGCAGAGGACCAUCACGGCAGGAUGCGGAUUUUUCUGUGGAGUCUAAGGCGCAUAAUUACUCUAUGGCUGUAGAAGAACAGGACUCUGAGGGAAAUGAUGUUGCAGAAGACGACUGCUCCUCCCCAUCUAAUGGCAAAGGUGGGCGGAGCAGAUGUCCAGAGUUGGCCAAUAACAAUCAGGGCGUCGCCCACUGCGACACGCCCUCUUUGGGGUUGGAUAACGAGCAGACUCCCGACAGCCGAUUCGCCGAUCUCAUGUACCUUGGUGGCUACAGGGCCAUUCUGGAGCCUCGGUCCCACCACACCUCCACCAGCAACAUCAACCUGGAGGAGCAAGGCGUGGAGAACAGGGACGGCCAAAGUCCCAAAGACCCUCGCUGCGGACCACUCAUCGUGUAACGCUGUCACAUAAACACAUCGUAAUGCCUCGCUCUUCCCGUCCCUCACCCUGACAUAGUGCUGCAACACUGGACCCCAUCGAAGCUGACCAGGGAACCGCAUCCCCACCCGUCUCUAAAGUGUUGGCGCUGAAACCCUGCUGGAUUAGAAAGAGGAAGAACCCCCUCUCCAUUGUCAGUGCACUUUGAGUUAUCUUGUAUCCGUGACCUAACUUGUUGUGGGAAUGAUUAGCCUUCCGAUGUUAUUAUUAUUAUUAUUUAUUAUCUGUGAUUUUAACGAGCUGCAUAUUGUAAAACUAUCUUUAGAGAAACACAUGCUGCUCCCUCUUCUUUCUCUUCCCUCCUUCCAGCCAGCCAGCCAAAAGGUCAGGGGUUUCUGUGAUCGGCAAUCAGAUUUAUUACUUCUUUGUUAUUUAACCGUGCUGAACGAGUGACUGGACACUUUUGACACGAAGCGUCAGCUCUCACCGGACUACCUUACUGGAGUAAAAACACGCUGACCUUUCUCCUCUGAUCAGGAAACGCUCAUCUGAAGUUUGCAUGCAGCUUUCGAGAUUUGCUCUCACUUUUCCAACACAGCCAGCGCUGAAUGUGAAUCCACAGGGAGGUGGACUUCCACGAGAACGAACGGAUGGAGUAUGGGGCGGCACAGAAUGUAGGAUGCUGAAUCUCAUUGAAAGGGAAUGUAUGGGACUUCUAAAUCGUCAUACAAAAUGGACUAAAAAAACAUCUGUUGCUGUUCUGUCCUCCUGCUCUCAUCUUAGCAUGUCAGUAUUACUGUAGUGCAACCGGAAACAACAGAGCAAUAAGAAACAUUGCUGCUCCACCUUUACUCCACACAAGAUUAAAAACUGUUUGCACUAGCCUGUCGUACUCUAAUCCAACUUUCCCGCGUAUUUUUCAUUUUGUAUUUUCAUGUUGCCAUUGUAAAGGGAUUUAUUGUAAGUUCAUACAGUGAACCCCAAAUGAUUUAGUCUAGUCUGCCAGCCAGCAUUUUCCUCAUCCUCGUUCUGAUCACCUAAAUGCCGCCAUUUCUUGUUCGUGAAGCUUUUAGUUGUUUUGGGUUUGUGUAACUUUGAUGUAUUGAUAUACUUUGACCUGUUGAUGCUUUCCUGUUUGUGUUUUAGUUUGAAGAACACUGUGUUUGUUUACCAGAAUGUGGAUGAAAGUAUGUGAAACUUUUUUUCUAAGGGUGUACACGCUUGCACAAACACGAGACUCCAAUAGCGACUGACUGAAAAGGGACAGUAUCUUCUUUUGAUGCACUAUUAGUUGAUUCCUAGACACACACUUACACACUGCGGUGCAUGGGGCGAUGAAAAGAUGAGCAUGUUCACUGAGAUUGGCGUCUUGUAGGUGGUUAAAGCUGGACCGUGUCCUGCUGUAGUGUUGCACUUGAGUUUCUGUCGCCUUUUUGCAAACGUGUCAUCAGAAGUUUGCAAACAAGGAUGUUGUCCAGCAUUAGAAAAAACCCGCAAGGCCCCACUUUUCUAAAGUGAAAAUGUAAAUGAAAACUCAAAACUAACAAUAAAGUUUUGCAAUUAAACCCUCUA